UUUCAAACAUGUCUUUGACGUUGUUGCCAAAUGACAGCUUCCGACAGACUUUGGAUUUGACAGUCUCAUUUCCGUUGUGUUUUGUAGUUUCGUUCUUUUCCCACAAAAUGGCCAUGCAGCAGCAACCGCAAAAGAAAAAGGAGCCUAUCCACUCCGUCCAAGUUUUUGGAAGGAAGGUAAGUUACUUUGGCGAAACAGUUAACAGUCGCUCUAACCUAAAAAAAACGUGUCUGCUGAAAGCUCCAAUGUUUCGUUAUUUUUUAGAAAACUGCUACAGCUGUAGCGUAUUGUAAACGGGGCCGAGGUGUACUCCGAGUAAAUGGAAGGCCCUUGAACCAAUGGGAACCCAAAAUGCUGAUGGACAAAUUGUAUGAACCCAUCUACCUUUUGGGAAAGGACAAAUUCUCGUCUGUGGACAUCAGAGUAAGAGUCAAUGGUGGUGGUCAUGUGGCCCAAAUUUAUGCAAUCAGGCAGGCCAUCUCAAAAGCAUUGGUAGCCUAUUACCAAAAAUAUGUUGAUGAAGCCUCUAAAAAAGAACUGAAAGAUAUCCUCAUCCAAUAUGACAGAACACUCUUAGUAGCAGAUCCACGUAGAUGUGAACCUAAGAAGUUUGGUGGUCCAGGUGCAAGAGCACGCUACCAAAAAUCUUACCGUUAAGGUACAAUGGACAUACUGUUAUGUAUUUUUUUGUAAGAAUAAUAAAUAACUAUAAUUGAAAACA